AAGGUAUAUUUUUUCAAAUUUUAAACCAUCACAAAAUUCUAUUAAGCGCGCUUUCUAUUUUAUACCUAUUCUAUUCUAUUUUAUAUCAAUGGAUUACUCACAUACUGAUUCCACUACAGUAGGUCAAAUUUGCACUGACCUGCCAGAGAAAGAAAUAUCACCUGAACCACCUUUAGUAACGGUAGAAUAUGAUUAUUACGCGAAAACCGAUGUACUUAAAGAUUUCGAGGCUUAUAGAGAUAGUGAGAAGAAAGAUAAAAUACCAUGGUUCAAUAAAGAAAAAAAUUGUUUGAAUAAGCUGAAUGACAUUCAUUCAUACAAUACAAAAUUUCUCAAAACAUCAAAAAAGAAUAAAGAUAGCGAACCUCAAGUCCUAUAUGAGCCCUUUCCUGAAUGUGUUGAAAAGUUCGAGAGAGGAAACGAAAAACACGGAUUAUGUAAGACUGAAGACUGUGAGGAACAUAAGACUAUGUUACCAAAUGUUAUUUUUAGUGCGAGAAAAGCACCAUGGACUAAAGAUAAGAAAACAAAUCCCACUACUGCUAGACAACGUCGGUUGAGGGAAAAAAUUCUUUUUACUUCAUCGUCAUUAAAGCGUUGUCCAUUGCCAUUUGAUUUCGGAAAAACUCAAGAUUCAGGUGAUAGUAAGAAAAAAAAAACUAAGGCCAGAAAAAAACGUGAGGAUCCUAUUCCAGUAAAAGAAGAAUAUGUUAAUAGUGAUGAAGAAACUCUGACGGACGCUCCAGAGUGUGAACAAAAUUUACUUCCCUCAGUAAUACCUUCAGAGCACCAUUUGAAUUUUGUUGAAGAGAGCGAAAAUGUAAAGAAAUACCUUAAUGAGAAAACUGCUAAUAAACCACCUACCAAUCCAUCAUCUAGCUGUUUUGAACUCAGUCCUGAUUCUUCUGUCAUAUCUGAAGAGCUCAUAUCAUUUAAAGAGGAAACUUUUGCUAAUUCGCCGUCUGAACAAUCAUCACAACUGAAAAAGCAAAAUGCGAUGAUAGAGGCUAUGAAAAAUAGUGAACUGCUACUUUCAACCUAUAAAAUUCAGAAUGAGUUGAAUAAAGUAAAUAGGAAUAAAGCACAAACAGAGAAAGAAAUUAUAAGUAACAUUUUACUAGUUCCUAACACUGCUCGUAUUUGCAAGCGAAUGCAGAAUAAUACAACACAAACAGAGACGAAAUCUAACACCACAGUUUUACCAGUUCCUGAGACUUGUCCUAAGUACGACACAAAAUACAAAGCGGAACCGUUUGUGGCUAAGAAUAUUUUUUUGCCUUCUAACGGAACUCUUAGGGGCUCUACAAAUCACAACAAAGGCAGACGAAGAAAAAUUUCAAGCAAGAUUGCUGAUUUGAUUGAAAAAAUCAAUAUAUCUAAUAUAACCGCCAAAACUGAUAGUGUUACCAAUCGUACAUAUUUUAAUCAACAAAAAAACAUAGAGCCAGCCCACAUUCCUUUGCAAAAAUCACAGUCCCGUACAAAUAAACCAGUGGAAUCCACUUCAGCAUUGCCUGGCAGAGAGGAAGAAGUAUCUGAUGUUUUGGAGCUUGGUGAGAAAUAUUCAGAUAAUCACGAUAAUCCAAAAAAAUACGAUGGGGAAACGGAAACUUGGGAGGACAGAAAGGUUGAAAGAAGGACAUGUUGUGGAGUUUUUAAUAUAGUUAUGAUCACAAUAGCACUUCUUGGCAUGGUCUUGGCGUCGCUAGUUUGGUUGGUACAUAAUAAAUAAUUAUAACAUAGUAAAUAAUUUGAAUUUCGCACAAAU